AUGACCUCGAAAUAUUUUUAUUUACAUAUGUUAAUAUUUUUAACGCUUCUGCAAUUGCUCAUUGCCAAUGAUGAUGAUGGAAUUCGACGAGAUUUAGAGGAUGUAAGAAGUGAACGCUCUUGCCGCCGCUGCCUUGGAAGGCUGCAGCCUUCGGGUUUGAUUAAACAGUUGAAGACCUUGAGGCUUAAUAGACGUUGGGAAAAUGAACGGGAGUUUCGCAAGGGUAUACGUUUUAAAUACUAUAGGAAUGGUGAGAAAGUUUACGAGAGCGCAAGCGAUGAAACCAAAGCCUUGUCGAAGUCUGGCUGUUCGAUGGAUGAUAAAUUUGCAUUCAUAUUGCAUGGCUGGCAUCAAAGUUGUGAAACCGAAUGGGUGCUCACACUCAUUGAACGGCUCACAUACCAUCGCGGUGGUUGCAUAGUAUGCAUAGACUACGAAUUUUUCGCCCAAGACUCUUACAUGUGGUUAUAUAGAAGUUUUCGGAGGAUAUCCAAUAUUAUUACAAAGAGAAUACUACUUUUGAUCAACGAAGGCUUCAAUCCGGACAAUGGCUACAUGUUUGGUUUUAGCUUCGGCGGGCAGCUAGCAUCAGCUAUCGGACGGAGUUUGAGCAAACGCUAUCUCUUUCGCAGCAUCGAUACUUGUGAUAUGGCUGGUCCCGGCUUUGAUGUCUUCACCAACACCGAUCAUCGUGAGGCUGCCCGCCAUGUACAGUGUUUGCACUCUAGUCGCGACAAGGGCACACGCAUCUAUACUUGCCAUCAGAAUGUCCGUUUGGGCAGUUGCGGGCAUUUUCAACCAGCUGAAACUAGUCAACCCUACUAUAGCAGCCAUGGCUUAUGCGUUCAAAUUUAUAUAAAUGCAUUCGAUUAUCCUUUCUAUGCGAUGCAAUAUGAGCCAACUUGGUGUGCGUCCAAACAGGCUGCCACAAAUAUACCGUACAAAUACACUAUUGGCUACAAUGAGACACCUGAUCCCAAUAUACGUGGCGAAAUUUUCGUACCAACUAGUCUACAUUUUCCUUAUAAUUUUUCUGAAAAAGAAAUGCUAAUGUUGGGAUUCUUCGAUGAAAAUGCGGAAAUCUAAAUUAACAAACUCAUUCAGUACAGGGCCACACAAAAAAUAUCUAACUGAUAAAUUAAACACAAUAAGGCACAGCUUUUGACGGAGUAAAAUUUCAAUCACCAAAGUCAAGUAUAUUAACCUUACAAAAAUUAAAAACAAAUAAAACAUCAAUUUUAGCUCACGAAAAAACUGACAACACCGAAAAUAAAGUAAUCAUCAAUAACAAAAAAUAAUUGCAUUCCCUUUUAUUUACUGCGCCACUCACUUUUGCAUGGAAGAAUGAGCUACUUGCAUUUCCCAUUAAUAUUUUAGUCGAAGUAUCGCGAUGUGAUUCCACCAGGGUAAGAUUAAUCCAAGCAGUAUUGAAUUUUAUUGUGUGCAUUGCCUGAUAGAUACAUUGUGAGAAUCACAGUUUGGACAAAAAUUCGAAACUGUAAAUUUCGACUGUGAUACACCAUUUUUUUAUAUACAUUUUAAUAUCUCUCUAUCGUGGUCUUGGCAUACCAACUGUGACUCAAGGCGAACGAAGCAAUUUCCGAUAGCUCACAAACAGCGACUAAAAAAUAAUGGCCAUCAAUGACGCAGCAUCCAGCUUUCUUCUCGAUGAAGUUGAAAACGCACAAUGGAAAGCGAAUAACUAUUAGUUGUGAGUGCUUCUCAAAAACAAGUUAAAUUAUCAAGUGAAAGUUGCUUAUUAGUAUCCUAUUAUACACAUUAGAAGCAAUUGUACAACGCUUCUAAACAACAGCGACUAAAAAAUAAUGGCCAUUGACGACGCAGCAUCCAGCUUUCUUCUCGAAGAAGUUUAAAACGCACAAUGGAAAGCGAAUAACUAUUAAUUGUGAGUGCUUCUCAAAAACAGGUUAAAUUAUCAAGUGAAAGUUGCUUAUUAGUAUCCUAUUAUACACAUUAGAAGCAAUUGUACAACGCUUCUAAACAAUGUCUAAAUAAAAGAACAAAACACAAAAAAAUAUAUC